AGAAGUUCGUCUCAAAGCAGUCCUGAUUCUCGAUACAAUGGUUAGAGAUCGGAUCUUUCUACUAACUGUUACCUGCUCUGUCUUAUUGUUACUAGUUAGUUGUGAUGAUUUUCUAGAGAUCCGCUCACCAGAAGAUGACAUGAAGGCUCAAGAGGAGAAAGACCUGAUUGAAGCCCUUCAAGAAGUGCUUGAAAAACUGAGAAACAAGCAAAUUCCCACUGUUGAGAAGAAGUUUGGUUGGGUGCCCUCCUGUGAUGCAGGUGAGCAGUGUGCGGUCCGGAAAGGCGCUCGAUUCGGGAAGCUCUGCAGCUGUCCUGGAGGAACCACCUGCAGUUUCUCCAUCCUCAAGUGUUUGUAA